AUGAUUUCAUGCGGCUCAUCCUUGCAUUGGGAAGAUGGAAGAUCUGCAACGUUCCAUUGCUCCUUCUUAUCUUACGUAACCUUUGACGUCACUGCUUUGGGAACCAAAGGAUGUCUCCGUCUUCACGAUUUCACUCUUCCGUUUGAGGAGAAUUUCGGUUAUGGAACCUUCUGUGAGGCUUCGGAGAUGGAUUAUGGGAAGAUUCAAGCGGGAAGGUGGUGCCCUAAGCCUAAUGAGCAUGUUGUGGAGACUGAGGUUCCUCAAGAGGUUUUGAUGGUUAAAAAAUUUGCUGAGUUGGUUUAUAAUAUUAAGUUUUGUGGAGAGAAGCCUCUCAAAGAAUGGAGUGUUGUGAAUAGAAAGACUCAAAUUGUGUUGAAUGCAGUGAAAGAAUCUAUUCAGAGAAAUUAUCAGCUUGUCGAUAUUAAAUAA